UCGAACACGCGCGCGAACCCGUGAAGGAGAAAAUUAAGAGAGAGAAAGGAUAUACAAGCAAGAGAGAAGCGACGCCGGAUCGACAAACUAGCGUUUUCCUCGAGGAAGUGAGUGAGCGACAGCGUUUGCGUAGAUGAUAGAUAAUGAAGUCAAGACAUUAAGCAUCGCACUAACCAACGCAGAAUCGGAAAAAUCUAGACGAUGGCCGGAAAAAUAGUAGCCUACAACGUUUGCAUUGAUAUCCUCUUAUUAUUUUCUACAGUCGUAUUAUGUCCUGUAAAAGCAGCUCAAGAUUAUGGUAGAAACUUGUCAAGAGUACCAACACGACCUAAUUUCGAUCCUUCAAUAGCUCAUCAUGGAAGAAAUAUAUCACGUAUACCAGUGCGAGAGAUUAUCCAGAGAGGAGACAUUACAGGCACCGAUGGCCCAAGUUUCAGGCCUGAGUGGUCAUGGCUGAACGUUCUACGAUCGAGAGGUCCACAUGUGAAAAGGGUUCACCCAUGCGAACAGGGCUCGUGCUAUCCGGCUACAGGAAACCUGUUGAUCGGACGAAGUAAGCAACUUCACGCAUCCUCAACCUGCGGUUUAAAUGGACCCGAGAGGUACUGCAUCGUGUCUCAUCUUAAGGACAGGAAAAAGUGUUUCUUUUGUGAUGCUUCAAACCCGAGACAGCAACACAAUAUCGAAAACAUUGUUAGCGGAACACCCCAUAGAACCUGGUGGCAAGCGGAAAAUGGCAUGGAGAAUGUGACGAUUACGUUCAAUCUAGAGGCCGAAUUCCACUUCACCCAUAUCAUCAUCCACUUCCAGACGUUCCGACCAGCGGCUAUGCUCAUCGAGCGUUCUUACGAUUUUGGACACACGUGGCAAGUCUACCGAUACUUUGCACAUGACUGCGCCGGUUCUUUCCCAGGAGUACCAACGCAUCAGCCUCAAAAGCUGACUGAUGUCAUUUGCGACUCACGUUACUCCAACGUUGAACCCUCUGCCGACGGCGAGAUCAUCUUUAGAGUGCUACCGAGUAACCUGCCAAUCGAGAACCCGUACUCAAAGGAGGUGCAGAACCUUCUGAAGAUGACGAAUUUCCGAAUAAACUUUACGCGUCUACACACCCUAGGCGAUGAUCUUCUCGACAAUCGUCCAGAGAUCCGAGAGAAGUACUACUACAGCAUCAAGGACAUGGUAAUAAGAGGCUCGUGCUCGUGCUACGGGCAUGCUUCGCGUUGUCUACCCUUGGAUGGCGUCGCCAACGAGGAGGAUAUGGUACACGGACGCUGCGAGUGUACUCACAACACGAAGGGCCGCAAUUGCGAGAAAUGCAAGGACUUUGACAAUGACCUGCCGUGGAAACCAGCUGUCGGCAAGCAGACCAAUGCCUGUCGUAGCUGUAAUUGUAACAACCAUACCACUAGCUGCCACUUUGAUGAGGCCGUGUAUGAGAGGAGUGGACGUGUAUCUGGUGGCGUCUGUGAUGACUGUCAACACAACACCAGAGGACAGAACUGCGAACUUUGUAAACCGUUCUUCUAUCACGAUCCUACCAAGGACAUCUCUAAUCCCGAAGCCUGCCAACCAUGUGAUUGUGACCCACGAGGAUCACUAGAUGAUGGAAUUUGUGACUCUCGUACCGAUCAACUUAGUGGAGACGAAUCCGGACGUUGUCAUUGUAAAACAAACGUAGAAGGCAGACGAUGCGACCAUUGUAAAAAUGGCUUCUGGAACUUUACUGAACACAAUUCUGAAGGAUGUCAAGCAUGUACCUGCAAUACUCUUGGCACAAUCAAUAAUCAAGGCUGCAAUAUGGUUAGUGGUGAAUGUACUUGUAAACGCUACGUGGUCGGACGUGACUGCAACCAGUGUCUGCCCGAAUACUGGGGAUUAUCCGACGAUCACGAAGGUUGCAAGCCUUGCGAAUGUGACCUUGGUGGUUCCUACAAUAACAGUUGCAACAUCGAAACGGGUCAAUGUUACUGUAGACCACAUGUAAGCGGUCGUACGUGCAAUCAUCCAGAACAAAACUAUUACACUGGAUCCAUAGAUUAUCUGAUCUACGAGGGUGAAAGUGCUAUAGGAACCGAUAAUUGUCAAGUGGUCAUUCGCGAGCCAUAUCGUGAUGGUCGCAACAAUACUUGGACAGGGCUGGGCUUUAUGCAAGUGAUCGAGGGCUCAAUAUUAAAUUUUACGAUAAACGACGUAUAUCGCACGAUGUGGUACGAUGUAAUUAUACGGUACGAGCCAAAGCACGCGGGCAACUGGGAUGAUGCGGAAAUCAUCAUCGAGCGCAACGGACCUGUCGAUCCUGAUGGGCCCUGCGCUGACUGGCAACCCGAGCAUGAUCGACUCUGGGUGCAGCUGCCGACGAAUCAACGCAGCUCGAUGGCAACACCACCGAUCUGCUUGGAAGCUGGCAAAACUUAUACGGUGCUGCUAGAGUUAAGGAAGUUCGCCGGUCCGAAUGACUCGCCUACAGCUUCUAUUCUUAUUGACUCGGUUAUUCUUAGUCCAAGAAUUGAUUCAAUACCGUUCUUUACUGGCGGUCCAGGAGAAAUUCGUCGACAGGAAUAUGAAAGAUUCCGUUGCAAAGAUUAUCACAACAAUGUUUAUGAUUAUUACAGCAGUUAUGAAAAUAGAACUGAAGUAUGCAGCAAAUACCAAAAUAGCAUAGGUCUUUACGUUUUUGAUGGAGCGCAUUUUUGCGAGUGUAAUCCAACUGGGUCGCACAGUUUGAUCUGUCAGAAUUAUGGUGGUAACUGCAUUUGCAAGUCAAAUGUAGUGGGUCGCAGAUGUGACAAGUGUGCCCCGGGUACAUACGGUUUCGGGCCCGAAGGAUGUGUGCCCUGUGACUGCGAUGGCGUCGGGGCCCUUGAUAACUUUUGCGACGUCGAUACUGGCAGGUGUAAGUGCCGGCCGAACACUUAUAGCAGAACCUGCGGGCAGUGCGAGCCCGGAUUCUGGAACUUCCCUCAUUGCCGCAGAUGCGAAUGUAAUGGACACGCAGAUAACUGCGAUUCCACGACUGGUGCUUGCAUCAACUGUAGAGACUCUACAACGGGACACAACUGUGACCAGUGCAUCGAAGCGUACUACGGCGAUCCUAGGAUCGGUGUUGACAUCAACUGCCGCCCUUGUCCUUGUCCUGGAACGCUAGAAAGCAGUCAUGCAUACGCAGACAGCUGCUCUCUAGAUCCAGUGACUCAAGAUGUAAUAUGCGAGUGCUAUCAAGGCUAUGCGGGUCCACGUUGCGAAACUUGCGGUGACAAUUACUACGGAAAUCCGGAAACUCCGGGUGGCAAGUGCGAAGCUUGUGAAUGCAAUAACAAUACCGAUCCAAUGAGGCUAGGGAAUUGUGACCCCCAGACGGGAAAGUGCCUCCAAUGUCUUUUCAAUACCGACGGUUUCAACUGUCAGGUGUGUAAACCCGACUUCUAUGGGGAUGCACUCCAGCAAAAUUGCCAGUCAUGCCAGUGCAACAUCCUUGGUACAGAUGCACGUGCUGGACCCUGCGAUCAUCGUACCGGACAAUGUCCUUGCUUGUCUCAUGUCAUCGGCCAGGUCUGUGAUACUUGUGAAGAGAACCACUGGAGGAUCGCCAGCGGAGAGGGUUGUGAUCCAUGUGAAUGCGACGUCGUUGGCAGCGUAUCCGACAGAUGCAAUCCGUACGACGGCACGUGCGAGUGCAAACCGGGCUUCGGGGGUCGACGCUGCAACGAGUGCCAGGCAAAUUAUUGGGGUAAUCCGAAUGUACAGUGCUUCCCGUGCGAGUGCGACGAUAUCGGUUCAUCCAGCCAGCAAUGCGAUCGAGAAACCGGUGUCUGUGUUUGCCACGAGGGCAUUGGGGGCGAAAAAUGCGACCAAUGCGACCGUAGCUAUAUCGGUGUGGCACCGAGCUGUUCGCCUUGCGGCGAAUGUUUUGAUAACUGGGAUGCGAUCCUUGAGGGGUUGAGGAAAAAGUCACUACUAGUUAUCGAUGAAGCAUCCAAUAUACAGAAAAUCGGGACUACUGGUAUUUACAGCCAAGAAUUUGACGACAUUGAGAGCUCUAUCGCACAGGUUAAUGUAGUAAUUGACAGUUCAUCGGUAAAAAACCAAGAUUUGGAAGAUCUCAACCGUAUGUCAAUGAACCUUGAGAAAGACAUAGACUCGUACAAUAAUAUUUUAGAAGAGUUGGACAGUCAGUUGGAGAACGUAACGCAACGUGUAACCCUAGCAGACGCAGCACUCAAAAGGCUGAAAAACAGAACCGACAUCCUUCACGAAGGUGCGUCGGACCUACGAGAGAAUGCAAACAGACUCCAGGAGGCAAACGUCCAGGGUGCUCUGAAUGUCACCCAACAGAUGGCUGAUCAAUCGCGCCUCGCCGAAAAGAUGGCCGCGGAAACGAAUGGUGUUCUUCUUGACGCUGAACGGUACAAGAAAAAUACAGAAAAUCUAUUAGCUAAAAGCAGCGCCAACGUAGAAGAAAAUCGUCAGAAAAAUAAAGACUCUCUCAUCAAACUCAACGAGAAACUCGACUCCCUUGCAAUCAAUGUACCUGAACUUAAUCAGUUCAUGUGCGGCAGGAAUGUAUCCGACUGCAGUGACGUAUGUGGUGGAGCUGGUUGUGGAUUCUGCGGUGGACUUUCCUGCGACGCUGGAGCCAUGACCAAGGCUAGUCAGGCCCUCGACGUCGCUAAGCAACAGGCAACAAAGAUUAAGAACCACAAGGACGAAGCCGAACAACUACUGCGGAACAUGAUUCGUUUGAAGGAUAAUGCGUCGGGUGCGCGCGGUAAUGCUCAAGAGGCUUUCGACCUCGCAUCAACAGCACGAAACCAGUCAAACAAGCUUAUGAAUGAUCUAUUAGAUGUGAAUAAAAAGAUUUUAGAUCUCCUAAAGGCCGAGCAACCGACGCCUGCGGAGGUGCGUGAUUUGGCCAAAGAGGUUCUCAGCAAAAACAUUACACACACGCCCAAAGAAAUAAAAUACCUCGCAGACCAAAUCGCCACCAUCGUUGGCUCUCUCAACGACCCUGAGAAGAUUCUUCACGAGACAUUCUCCGAUCUGCAACUGGCCAGAGAUUUAAGGGAACAAGCCAACGAGUCAAAAAUCAUCGCCCAAGAGAAAGAGGCUCUUGUUGGUAAAGUCGUUAGGCUAUUACAAGAGACACAAACUUCCCAGGAGUUUGCGCGAGAGGCCAUUAGCAAAGCUGAAGCCCACAUCGAACUUUCACAGCGCGAUCUCGAUGAAAUAUCUCAGAUCACCAAAGAGGCAAAGAAGAAGGCCGAAGAUACAACUAACUCGGUUAUGGACUUAGAGAAAAGAUUACAGCAUCUGCAAGCGGAAUCCGUAAAGAAUGACUUUAUCAUCAAGCAGGAAAUCCAAUUUCAAUCCCAUAACAUAUCCGACGAAGCCAGAAAGGUUAAAGCCAAGGCUGAAAAACUGGGACAGGACUACAAACAGGUCGGUGAAUCCCUAAAUCAACGGGUUAACAAGAGCAAAGACGAUAUUCUCAGAGCUAAGGGACUUCUGCAGCGAGCCUCGGAACUCACAGCUGACACACAAAGUAAAUUCAAGGAUCUUGAAGGUAUGGAGAGUGUUUACAAAGACAACGAUAGGAUGCUGCGGGACCUUAUGGAGGAAGUCGACAGUCUGAAUGACGAGAUGGAUAAGCAACUCGCCGAAUUUGAGAACAAAGCUCAAUUGUAUAGGCAGUGUUCGUAAAUUACUUUAUCUGAAAUGAAACGAAUACUCGUCUUUGAUCUUCUGCGAUAAACUAUUUCGAAUUAUCUAAUUGAAAUAUCUUCGUAAAUUUUUAAAAUUUCCUAUAGUGACAUUGCUUACUUUUUUAAUGACAUUGAAAGUAUAAUUACUUUU